CAUUGGAAAUGGCUAGUUCUUGUUGAACGAGCCAUUUGAUCGCAUCACGACACCAAAAUAUUUCUGGAGAUAUGCAUUGAAAUGUAAGCAGGAGCAAAGUCACAAAAGACAAAUUGGGCUAAAAUUCUUCAAAACUUAAAUAUGGCAACUGGUAAAACAUAUAUAGAUAGGAAAGUUAGGAACAAGUAUGAUGACUUGAGAUCACUUUUCAAAAUUUGGAAUGAAAUGGAGUUGAAGUGGACUGGCCUAGCUUUUGAUCCUGAAACUGGUGUCCCAUUGAUCGAGCAAGAUGAUAGAUGGGGAUGCUUUGUAGAGAAACAUAAAGGAGUACCAAACAGAUUCUUGAAGAAACCUUUGGCCCAUUUGAAUUUACUCUGUAACCUUUAUAGUGGGUCAUUCGCAAGUAGCCAGUACAGCUACUCACCGGCAUGUGAAACCGGUAAGAAGCUACUUCGAAAAGAACGUCACAACACCGGUGAUGAAGGCAGUGGCGACAGUGAUGACAGUGGGUCAUAUCAGGUGCAUUAUGAACAUUAAAAUUCUGAUGAAGGGAGUAAAAGUCCUCUUACCUCAUGUUCAAAGGGGAAGCGAAAAAGUGUUGGAAGUGUUAGUUCUUCCAAGAAAGCUAGGAGUGAUAUCCAAAAAUGUUUAGAUAUCUUGAAAAUGUCUUUCAA